AUGGCACGAUACAACGCCAUAAUUUGCGAUCUGGGGGACGUUCUCUUCACAUGGUCUCCCCCACCCAAUCAGAUCCUUCCCCUGAAUACCCUUCGCCGAGUCCUCUCCUCAUCGACAUGGUUCGAGUACGAGAAGGGCCGAAUCUCCCAGCAGACGUGCUACGAUAACAUUGGACGAGAAUUAUCCACCAGCCCGAUGGACAUCCGCAAAGGAAUCGAAGGGUCCUGUGCCUCGUUGCGUUGCAACCUCGAUCUCGUGAGUUUCUUUCGGGAACUCAAAGAUACGACAGAGGGGGGGUUGCGCAUCUUUGCCAUGUCAAACAUAUCACAGCCGGACUAUGAUGCCCUUCGGAGUAUCACUGUGGAUAUGGAUUGGUCGAUAUUCGAUGGCAUCUUCACGUCCUUUGCAGCAGGAACACGUAAACCCGAACUUAAAUUUUAUCGGUACGCGCUGUCCCAGGCGAGCCUGGAUCCCUCCCGAACCAUAUUUAUAGACGACCGGCUCGAAAACGUACUUUCCGCACGCUCUCAGGGAUUGCAUGGCCUCAUGUAUCGCGAAUCCAAGGAGCUAAAGCAAUCGCUGCUCAGUUUAUUCGGCGAUCCGAUUCUCAGAGGCCAAAGAUUUUUGAAGAAGAACGCAGGACAUCUUGCUUCGAUGUGCAGUGGAAUCGCUAUACAGGAGAACUUCACUCAGUUACUCAUUCUGGAAAUGACUAAGGACCGGUCGUUGAUUGAGUUGGGUAUAGUUGAAAAGGAGGGAAAGUGGAACUUUUUCCGAGGCAAUCAACUUACCACAGCCAAGUUUCCUUGCGAUUUAGACACCACUUCACUCGGCCUUACGGUGAUCCGAGCAAGAGUGAAAGUGGCGGCGUCUAUAAUGGAUGAGAUGUUAAAUUAUAUCAAUGAAGACGGCAUCAUACAGACAUACUUUGAUCACGACAGGCCGCGAAUUGACCCUGUCGUCUGCGUGAACGUUCUUCACCUAUUCUAUUCCUAUGGUCGAGGAAAUGAGAUAAGCCAGACUUUCCGAUGGGUGCACGAGGUUCUUCUUCAUCGGGCCUAUGUCCAAGGGUCGCGCUACUACGAGACAGCAGAAUGCUUCCUCUUCUUCCUCUAUCGAUUUAUCAGCGGCUGCGAUGAUCCAGUUGUCCACACCCGCUUCUAUCCGCUCCUGAAAGAAAGAAUUACGGAACGAAUUGGUGCAGCAGGAGAUGGACUUGCCUUGGCCAUGCGCCUCGUCGUUUGUCAUUUCACGGGAGUGAGAAACAGUAUCGAUCUCCAGACUCUUAGAGCUUUCCAAUGCGAAGACGGAGGAUGGGACGCUGGUUUGAUAUACAAAUAUGGGUCUUCGGGUCUCAGUAUUGGGAAUCGAGGUCUGACGACAGCAAUGGCUAUCCACGCUAUCCGGUGUAGUAGCCUGGCCAGUUCCUCGCUAUGA